AUGUCCGACAUCGCUGUGGAGGUCGUCAAUAGAGAUGGAGUGAGUGUGCAGGGACAGGAGUCAAGUAUACACGAGGCGGUCACAGCCUCAAGCAACGCUGCUAAUAACGGGAAGAGCUCGAAGCCCAAGAAAUUAGGAGGAUAUGAUUUCUACAAAUCGAUUGGUAGCCCCAAAUUCGUGGUGGCGCCUAUGGUCGAUCAAAGCGAAUUGGCUUGGAGACUCCUGUCCCGCUCCCCUCUUCCCCUCGAUAUCGCUGGUCCGAUCGAAACAGUGACCACCCCGCAAGGUAAAUCACUCAUACGGCAUCCAGGAGGGGCGCAUAUCUGCUACACGCCCAUGAUCCACGCCAAAGGAUUCCUCGAGGCUAAAGGGGAGAUGGGGAGGAACGGAGAUGGUCAAUUCUGUCUGACUUUGGACGAAGAGGGCGGGGAAGGUCCUGUUGCGGGUAUCGAUUGCGGGGAUCGGCCAUUGAUCGUCCAGUUUUGUGCAAACGACCCUGAAAUUUUGCUGGCAGCUGCCAAGAAGCUCGAGCAUCGCUGCGAUGCCGUAGAUAUCAACUUUGGCUGUCCACAGGGAAUCGCCAAGCGCGGACGAUACGGGUCCUUCUUGCAAGACGAAUGGGAUCUUAUCCACAAGCUCAUAUCAACACUUCACCAGAACCUUUCUAUCCCUGUGACCGCCAAAUUCCGCAUCUUUCCCGAUAUCGAAAAGACCAUUCGCUAUGCUCAGAUGAUGGAAGAAGCUGGUGCUCAGAUCUUGACCUGCCAUGGAAGAACGAGAGAGAUGAAAGGCCAAAUGACUGGGUACGCAGACUGGGAAGCGAUCAGAGCUGUAAAGCAGGCAGUCAAGGUCCCUGUCUUCGCCAAUGGCAAUAUCUUGUACAGGGAGGAUGUGGACAGGUGUCUGGAAUUCACAGGCUGUGAUGGUAUCAUGACUGCCGAGGGGAAUUUGGCGAACCCAGCCAUCUUCGUGCCCGCCGACCAUCCUCACGCUCACCCUCCGGUCACCCUCCUUGCGCAUCGGUACCUCGACAUUGUUGAAUCCCUCAAGACCCCCACUUCUGGUAGUGCUAUCAAAUCGCACCUCUUCCGUCUUCUGAAACCCGUUCUGGAUACAGACGAAGAGCUACGCGUGAGAAUAGCCACUUGUCGGUGGACCGAGGGAAUGUCUGGUUUCAGAGAGAUCAUUGAUGACAUUGCGGCUAGGUGCCAGCCUUUGAAGGAAGAGCUGGGUGAGGGAUGGAGACCGCCGGCGAUCGACCCCAAGACGGGUUACAGGGCUCUGCCUGUGUUCGUCGCCCAGCCACAAAUCCGAGCCAAGCCAGUGUCGACUGAGAUCGGUGGCCAUGAGGAUAUGGUUUCCCGUCCCGCAUCGCCUCGCCCGGAAGGGACUGAUGGCCGUAUAUUCGACACGCCAAACAUCGCUACUGCCCCGGCUUCUUCUAUCCCUGGUACUGUACUCGUCUCGAGACAUGAGCGCCACGCAGGUGUUCCCGGCAGUGUCCCUUGUGUACAGGGUUGUGGCGGUAUCGCGGCCAGUCGCUGCCCAACUCGUGCUUGUAUUACCCAUUGUCGUAUACUCCGUGCUGUCGAAAGCGGCUACACGAAAGAGGAGGCCGAGCAAAUGGGUAAAACUGGUAAGCUCGUAGGGAUGGGGUGUGAAGCGCACGAGGAUAAGGAGAGAGCGAGGAAGGAGAGAGAACAGAGGAAGAGAAAGGGAAGGGAGAUGGCCAAGGAGCAAAACAAGGAGAGGAGAAUAGAGAAGAAGAAGCAGACGCACAAGACGCGUCAGGCGGCUGCGCAAGAGGCAAGGGAGAAGGAAAAGCUGAAGAUCAUAGAUGAGGAGUCAGAAUUUGCUUUGGGUCAAUCAUAG